CCUCCUGUCAAGGACACUCCCUGGUGUCACAUCCUGCCGGGCUGCUCACCAAGGUGCCUUUUCUGCCUCCAUCUUAAAUCCCCAGAAACUUGUCCCAGGCUUGGCCCUCCAUCCUGGGGGACUCGCAGCUGUUGAGACCCACCCAGAUCCCCCCACGUCAUCGCAGGACAAGGUCCCCAAGAAGCCACCCAGCCCUGGAGUGUCACCCACUAAUGAACCCAAAUUAACAGCCAGCCUCUGCUCUCUGCCAAGGAAGAUAAAUCUCCCUCCCCGAAAAGCCCCCAGAGCAUCUCCAGGCCGGAGGGAGCCGGGCUGGGCGGAGGGAGCAGCUCUGGAGCCGGGAAUCGCGGCACUCUGGAGCACUGUGAGCUCCAGGGAACACCGUGAGCCCCCAGGGAACACCGUGAGACCAGGGGAACACCGGGAGUCUCGAGGAGCACCGUGAGACCGGGGGAACACCGUGAGCCCCAGGGAACACUCCAUGAGCCUGGAGCCCCCCAAGCUGGAGGUCAAAUCGGCCACGAGGGUGAGCGGGGGUCCUGCCACCCCCCGCAAGGGACCCCCCAAGUUCAAGCAGAGGCAGACGAGGCAGUUCAAGAGCAAACCCCCCAAAAAGGGGGUGCAGGGGUUUGGUGACGACAUCCCAGGCAUGGAGGGGCUGGGAACAGACAUCACUGUCAUCUGUCCCUGGGAAGCCUUCAGCCACCUGGAGCUGCACGAGCUGGCUCAGUACGGAAUCAUUUAGGAUUUGGGCAGGCUCACCUGCCCUGUAGUGCUGUGUAGGUCAAGGCCCCCCUGCCCAUGCUGGGGAGGGGUGGAUCAGCUUGGAAAAACGCUCAUUAAACUCUAACGA